AUGUCAGAAGACGACCGAGCUACCAAAAGUGCCAGGGCAAAGGCGCUGCUCAAGAAAAGACAGCAGAAGAAGGGAGGCGCCGCUGCUGCCUCGAGCACACCAACGCCCGGUUCUCCUUUGGUCCGCGCGUAUUCUCCCGCCCUGUCAGACACUCCUGCGGAUGAGGACCAGGGCGAGCUUGCAGACGUCUUCGCUCGGGGCGCAGCGCCUGCAAACUCGGCCGACGUGCCGUGGCUCGCGUCUCUCGAGCGAGUGGGCUCCCCCUCCGUUCCACCGGCGCCCUCUCCCUCGUCCUCCCCCGUUCGUGCAGCCCAACAGCCCAUGCCGUCGCACUCGGCCCAGUCUCCCCCGCCGGCGCCGUCCUCACUCCAUCCGCCGGCCGCGAGCAGCCCACCCGCAGAAGAUGAAACGAACAGCCUGCACGCCGUCAUCCAAACCCAGCAGCAGACGAUCUCGUUACUGGUUUCCGAAAAGGCUUCCUUAGGCGCCUCGGUCGAGCGCCUGUCCGAGGUGGAAUCGAGGCUGCGCAAGGCGGAGCAGGCCCUACAGCUUGAGCGCGACGCGGGCAGGGCGUUCGAGGCGCGGGUGACGCAGCUCGAGCAAGACGCUCACCAAGCGUCCGCGCGGAUCGAGGAGCUCUCUGCGCGCGAGCGCACGCUCGAGGACACGUUCCGAGAGCAGGAGCGGGAGCUGCAGCUGACCAAGGGCGCUGCGGAUGAAUUCCAGGCGGAAGCAGAGCGGUCCCUGAGACGGGUACGCGAACUCGAAGAGCAAAUCCAGAGCGAUGACCGUGUCGAGCGCCUGGAGGCCUCGCUGCAGAACGUCCAGGAUCACGCCAGCGAGCUCGAAUUCCAAAUGUCUAAACUUAAGCAGGCCCACGCUGCGCUCAAGUCGGAGCGCGACGCGUUGGAGUCUCAGCUGCAGGCACGCACCGCCUCGGAAGCCGACUGGGCACAGAGACACGCCGAUCUCGCACAGCAGCACGCAGAGGUCCAACAGCUGCUGGACGCCCUAACCGCCGAGCACGACUCGCUCGCCCGCGACCACGCGGACCUCGCCGCGCGCCUAGAAGCGCGCCAGCAAUCUCUCUCGGACCUCCAGGCCGCGGCGUCCCAGGCUGCGGCUGAGCACGCGGCGACCGCGCGCCAGCUGCAGGUCGCGCAGGGCGACCUGCGCGCUGCGGUGCGCCGCGCGGACGAGGCGGAGCGGCAGCAGAAGGCCCUGCAGGCCGAGGGCACCGCGCUCAUGGGCGCGCUGGAGGAGAUGCGACCGAAGAUCGUCGAGCUCACGGACGCAAAGCUCGAGCUGACGGAGCGCGCGGCGGGGCUCGAGCGGGCGCUGCGCGACCGGGACAGCGUCGUCGGGCACGUGGAGGUCGCGCUGGGAGCCGCGAGGGACGAGAAGGACGCCGCGGAGGCACGCCUGCGCGAGGCGGAGGCGCGGCACGAGGCCGAGCGCGCCGCAGCGCAGGAGGGCAUGGGCGAGCUGCAGCGGGCGUACGGUGAGCUGCAGGCUGAGCUGGACGUCGCGAGCGCAGGCGUGCGUGAGCUCGAGACGGACCGCGCGGCGCAGCGGCAACUCGUGUCGCGGCAGAGCGGCGAGAUCGACCGGCUGCAGGGCGCGGUGCACGAGCUGAAGGACGUGGUCGCCUCGUUGCGCGUCGAGCUCGACGAGCGGAGGACCGCCGCGUCGGAGCAGAAGGAGUUCCUGGAGCGCGCACGCAACGAGGUGGAGGCGCUGCGCGCCGACCUCGCCUCCCGCGACGACGAGCUCGAGCAGCUGCGCGCGACCGUCGAAGAGGCGCAAACGGCGGCGGCGGCAGCAGCAGCAUCGGCCGCCGAGGACGACGACAGCGCGCGGAGCCCGAUGUCGCCCGCGCUGGACCGCGAGAUGCUGAGCGCGCUGCGGCAGCAGCACGCGCUCGAGCUGUCCGCGGCGCAGUCGCAGAUCCGCGCGCUGCAGACGGCCGUGUUCGAGGCCGAAGCGCGCGCGCACACGCUCCAGAAGCACGCGGGCGCGCUCGAGGACCAGCUCGCGCGCGGGGCGGCCACGGGCGCGGGGGCAGGUGCGGGGGCAUCAGGAAACGGGACGGCCCCGCGCGCGCCGGUGCCCGUAGGCGGCAAGGCGGCGAAGGAGGGCCCGCCGUCGCGACCGUCGAGCCGCUCGCGGAACCACUCGGACGACCUGCGGCGCGCGUCACUCGCGCGCCAGGCGAGCGGGGGGGCGCCGCCGCCGCUGGCGUCGCAGACGCUGCUGUUCGGGCAGAACCUGUCGCCCGAGACGCGGCACAAGCGCAAGGUCAGCCUGAGCAUGCUCAAGGCGCGGAUCGACAGCGAAGUCGCGGCGGCGGCGGGCGCGUCGCAUCUGUCGUCGAGGGCCGUGUCGCCUGCGCCUGUGGGAACGGGAGGGGGGGUGGGCGUCGCGCCGGGUCUGCCGACGGUGGUGGAGCCGCGAGCGCCGGCGACGCUGAGCCUGUCGCUGAAGCACCCGCAGUUCCUGGACGAGUCGCAUAUUUUCUGGUGCCAUUCGUGCCGGGGCGAGCUCGUCAUUCUCUAACACGCCCCGCGCGCGCUCGUUACUCGUACGUUUUUACCUACUCACCACUGCACUUUGAUUUUUCGGGAUCCCAUUGUUUGUCACCCAUCUCUUAGUUCCUCGCGUUCGAUCGGACGUCAGAAUAGUAUAUAGCAGUUUGUGC